UAUGAUGUCAUCACCACUAAGCCCUCCUCCUAAAUGUGCUGUAGGCUACUGCACCAGCAACCGGAAAAUAUUCCAAGACAGUAGACAGUAAUGCCAAGACGGUGAUCAAACAUAUUUGACUGAUUGUUAUCCCAGUCAGCAAACAAUGGCUGGAUUCAGACAGGAGGAUGUUGAAGUGUUCUAUGAUAUGGGAGAGGAGUUGGGAAGUGGCCAGUUUGCUAUUGUUCGCAAAUGCCGAGAGAAAAGCACCGGAGAGGAGUUUGCAGCCAAGUUCAUCAAAAAGCGGCGGCUCUCGUCCAGCCGUCGCGGUGUUAGCCGCGAGGAGAUCGAGCGUGAGGUGAACAUCCUGCGUGAGAUCCAGCACAGCAACAUCAUCACCCUCCAUGACAUCUUUGAGAACAAAACCGACGUGAUUCUCAUCCUGGAGCUGGUCUCUGGUGGGGAGCUCUUUGACUUCCUGGCGGAGAAAGAGUCUCUGACCGAGGAGGAGGCCACACAGUUCCUGAAGCAGAUCCUGGAUGGGGUGCACUAUCUGCACUCUAAACAGAUCGCCCACUUUGAUCUGAAGCCUGAAAACAUCAUGCUGUUGGACAAAAACGUCCCAAACCCUAGAAUCAAACUUAUUGAUUUUGGAAUUGCACAUCAAAUUAAAGCUGGAAAUGAGUUCAAGAAUAUCUUUGGAACGCCAGAAUUUGUUGCUCCAGAAAUAGUGAACUAUGAACCUCUGGGACUAGAGGCGGACAUGUGGAGUAUAGGUGUUAUCACUUAUAUAUUGCUUAGUGGGGCUUCUCCAUUUCUUGGUGAGACGAAGCAAGAAACACUAACCAACAUCUCUGCUGUGAAUUACGACUUUGAUGAGGAAUACUUCAGCAACACUAGUGAGCUUGCCAAGGACUUCAUUCGCCGGCUGCUUGUCAAGGAUCCCAAGAAGAGAAUGACAAUAGGUGACAGCCUUGAGCACCCUUGGAUCAAGGCCAUCAAGAGACGCAAUGUUCGACCGGAGGAAAGUGGUCGCAAGCCCGAGCGCCGCCGCUUAAAGACCACGCGUCUGAAGGAGUACACCAUCAAGUCGCACUCGAGCAUGCCGCCCAACAACACCUACGUGAACUUCGAGCGCUUCUCGCAGGUGCAGGAGGAGAUCGCGGCGGCCGAGGAGGGCCUGCGCGAGCUGGAGCGCAACCAGCGCUCGUGCCGCGAGGACGUGGCCGCGCUGCUGUCCAUCUACGAGGAGAAGGAGGGCUGGUACAAGGAGGAGAACCAGAGCAUCGCCGCCGACCUGGGCCACAUCCGGCAGGAGCUGCAGCGCACCCAGGCCCAGCGCCGGCAGAGCCAGGAGGAGGCCCGCGCCGCCAUGCUGUCCGCCAACGCGCUCAAGCGCAAGUUCGGACGCCUGGAGAACCGCUACGACGCGCUGGCCGAGCAGAUGGCGUCCGAGGUGCGCUGGGUGGAGGAGCUCGUACGCUCCAUCACCACCGACAAAAACAUCCAGGGAGUUGGCAUGGCCUGAGGUCGACCUGGACUUAUGGGGUGCCUAUUUUUUGUUGUUUUUGUUUGCUUUAAGUCCAUAAUGUUGCGUAUUUACCAUUCCUUUUCUUGGAAGCAUAUGGUAUGGUAGAUCUGUGGUGGGAUAUACACCAGAUGCUGUAAUGUAUCUUUGUCCAGCACUUCGUUCUGCAGUAGAAACAUCUCACCCAAACCAUGUCCUUGUAUAUGUUCCUGCAGCUCACAAUAUGAGAAAACAAGCAAUAUAAGGUGAAUGUUCAUUGAUUUGAAUCAAAGUUGAAGGUAUUUUUGUACUGGGUACAAAGGCCAGACUCUACAUUUCUACAUUUUCAUUGGCAAUUGCUUACGACUCGUCUAUCUGUGCAUUUAUGAGAUUGUCAAACUAGUUCAAUUCCUUAUAUAAGCGUUGCUCUUGAGCUUUGAGCUGUGACUUGGGGGGGUUGGUGGAGGGAGGGGGACAUGAGAGGCCACCCCACACACUGACUGCUAGUGUUGCACUGCGGUUAUAAAUUGAAACACCCCUUUGCCUUCCCACAAUCACGUCAUUCUCUCUAACACCAACUAAAGGGGAGAGAAAGGAGAAUGUGGCUGUUUCCUGCAGACGUUGCAGAACUGCUUAAUCUUACUACAUAUACCAAAAUGUCUGCAUGCUCUUAACUAAGCUAGCUGCUGGAUGAGUAUAUUAAGGUAUUGCCUUGUCUUUUAUACUGGCUGUCAAACACAUGAAACAUUCCAUUCAUUUCUUUACUUAUUUGCAGGACAUUCCAUAUGUAGGAUUGCACCUAUAUAAUGUACAUAUAGUAUCAUAUAUAAAUAUAUUUUUAAUGUAUCAUUUGCACUUAAAGUGUACUAUGGCAGUGUUACGUGUAUAACCUCCAGCUGCAUUAUUCUGUAUAAAUUAUGUUUUUUUGCUCAGUUCCCCAUUAAAUGUUCAGGAGGAAUGUUUGUUCUAAUAAACAAACAAACAAAC